AUGCCCAACGAGGAUUCUUACAGCAAGCCCUCGACGUCGUCCGACGGGCACCCCGGGCCCGCGGGCAAGGCCGGGGGCUUCGGGAAGGGAGCAGGUGCCAUGCUAGGGGUGGCCGGAGGCAGCGGCGGCGGGGCCGGGGGCGGCGGAGGCGCCUCGGGCUCGGGCCCAAGCGGCUUGGGGCCGUCGGGGGCAGCAGGAAAGAAGUCUCCGCGCCUGCCCAAGUGCGCACGCUGCAGGAACCACGGCUACGCUUCUCCCCUGAAGGGGCACAAGCGCUUCUGCAUGUGGCGCGACUGCCAGUGCAAGAAGUGCAACCUGAUCGCCGAGAGGCAGCGGGUCAUGGCCGCCCAGGUGGCACUGAGAAGGCAGCAAGCCCAGGAGGAGGAGCUUGGGAUCAGCCAUCCUAUUCCCUUGCCCAGUGCUGCAGAACUACUUGUGAAGAGAGAAAAUAAUGGGAGCAGCUCCUGCCUGAUGUCUGAAAGCAGCAGCCCCACCCAGCCUCCUCCCUCCUCUGCCCCCCCCCCAGGGGCUGCUGAGGGUCGGAUGGUCAUUCAAGACAUCCCUCCAGUCACCAGCAGAGGGCACCUGGAGAACACAUCUGACCUAGUCUCAGAUUCCACCUAUUACGGCAGCUUUUACCAGCCCUCUCUCUUUCCAUACUACAACAAUCUGUACAACUACCCCCAGUAUUCGAUGGCCUUGGCUGCUGAUUCCUCUUCUGGGGAAAUGGGGAGUACACUUGGGGGAUCCCCAGUGAAAAACAGUCUUCGGAGCCUACCAGCAACUUAUGUGUCUGGACAAUCAGGAAACCAGUGGCAGAUGAAGAACACCGAGAAUCGUCAUGCCAUGGGUUCCCAGUACAGGAUGCAUUCUUAUUAUCCUGCCACCUCGUACCUGAGCCAGAGUGUGUCACAGAUCUUUGCUUUUGAAGACAGCCCUUCUUAUUCUGAAGCAAAAGCAAGCGUAUUCUCGCCACCCAGCAGCCAAGAUUCUGGCUUAGUUUCCCUGUCCAGCAGCUCACCGAUUAGUAAUGAAAGCACAAAAGGUGUUCUGGAGUGUGAGUCUGCAUCGGAGCCUGGCACCUUCACAGUUAAUCCUGUCAUAGAAGAUGAUGAAUAAGGCAAGUUCCCAGUACAAGUCUGUGGUUUAUUUGGAAUAGCAGGCCAAUUCUAUUAUACGAAUAGUGUUUGUUGUUUAUCUUUUGCAUUGACUGAUGGCUGAAGUAACCAUUGAGAAAGUGUUCGGUUUGUUCUCUUCAUGCUUACGCUAUACUGACCAAAGGCUAAAACAUAUUUGUAAUGGUUUUAGGGACAAUAUAACUUUACGAAACGCAUUGCGGAAUUAAAUGCCUUGCCCUUGGAGUUUAUAUAAAGUAGUUUUCCUUCCUUCUUACGAUGCUCUUUUAAAAGUAUUUGUCAACAAAUGCAAGAUGCUUUAAGUAAACUAGUAUAUUUACAUCUAAAUGAACCACAAUUCAGAGAGGUACUUUAUUUUAGUUUAAGAUGAACUGUUGGGCUCCUAAGAAAUUGUAGUUUAGAUGCAUAGACUGCUACAGUAUAAAUUUAGCCAAGCGCUGGGCCACUGACCCAGACAGCAAGAUGAGCAGGUAUGCAUAUAAUAUUUUAGAAAGUACUUUAAAACACAAAAUUAGAGCAAAUGGAAAUAUAGCAUUGUGUGUCUAUCAUUAAUGAUCUGUAUAUUGCUACUUAAAAACUUGUCAUGCUAAAGAAUCCAAAAUAUGAUGGAAGUAGUGUCUGAAAGAAUUUACAACAUGUGUGUAGAGUGUAAUCUGAAAAAUAGUAUGUUUUAAAGUAAGCCCUGUGAUGCACAGUUCUUCACUGUUUCUAGUCUAAUACUAGAUUAAUGCACAUUCAUUUUACAAGCAGCAUAAAAUGAACCUUUUACACAUUGCAAUUUAGUCUACUUUUUAACAUUAGAUUGUAAUCUAAAUUGAAAGCAAAUCUGUCUUU